AUGAAUUUGAAAAAAAAACCUGCAGAAGCUGGUGUCAGCGAAGUCAAGGCUGUAUACUGUAACGUGGAUCGAACAUCACUUGGAGCGGGAAGGAGACUUGACCCGGUUGUUAUUUCGUUACCGAGCAGUUCUCCACCAGAAUUAUUCAUCUCCCUGUUUACUAAAUCUGACAAAUGUGUUCGAUAUGAAGAACGCAUGGAACCAUCAACACAAGAACUACCAGAAUCUUUUAGUACUCAAAAAACCGAUGAUGCGUCGAAUAUUUUCCAACCAGAUGAGUCACCUACAACAAUGACCAAGACACCAACUUAUGAAUAUUAUGGAUUUGUUCUUUACUUGUUAUCAUUCAUAGCAUUUGUAAUUUACUUAUUAUGGGCAUACUUGCCAGAUGAUGUUUUAAUAUCAUUGGGAAUAACUUAUUAUCCAAAUAGAUAUUGGGCAGUUGCAUUACCAGUUUGGUCUUUUGUAUUUGUGCUUUUCAUAUUUGUUGCAUUUAUUUCAAUAAAUCUUUAUAACACAGCUCCUCUUGAUUCAUUCAAUACAAUAACAGAUGAUCAAUCUAUUGUUAAACAAAAUUUUUCACAACUUUCAGAAAUUACAGAUGAUUUUGUACCAGAAUUACAUGAUAUACCAAUUGGUAUAGUUAAUGCUUGUUUAUAUCAAAAGAUAAAAGAAAAAUAA